AUGGAUUUUCUCAACUAUUUUUCCAAAAUUACCUACAUGUACUCCUUUCUCUUCUUUUUGGCGCUGUUAAAAAUAGUAAAAACAUGGAGUUGUAAAAAAUCCAUUGUUAAUUUACCACCAGGACCAUCGACACUGCCUAUCAUAGGAAACAUACAUCAGGUUUUUAGCAGCUCAACGCCUCAACAUUGCUGUAAAAAUUUGGCAAAGAAAUAUGGACCUUUGAUGCACCUAAAACUUGGUCAAGUUGCACACAUAAUAGUUAGUUCACCAGAAAUGGCAAAAGAGAUCAUGAAAACACAAGACCUGGUAUUUAGUGAUAGGCCAAACCUUAUGUUGUUCAGAAUAUUUAGUUAUGAUACUAGAGAUAUUGCUUUCUCUGCAUAUGGAGAAUAUUGGAAACAAUUGCGAAAGAUAUGUGCUAUAGAGCUGUUAAGUGCAAAGCGUGUACAAUCAUUUAGGUCCAUAAGAGAAGAAGAGUGUUCAGCAUUAGUUAAAUCAAUAUAUGCAAGUGAAGCCUCUAUUGUUAAUCUCACAGAGAAGAUUUUGUCGAUUACUUGUGGGAUAAUAAUGCGGGCUGCUUUUGGGAAAAAGAGUAGACACCAACAAGUGUUCAAAUCAACUAUAGAUCAGGCAAUAAACCUAAUGGCAGAAUUUUGUAUUGCUGAUUUGUAUCCUUCGUUUAAAUUUCUUCAAAGGGUGAGUACGACCAGGACCAAAAUGGUAAAACUUCGAAGAGAGCUUGAUAUAAUAUUGCAAGACAUCAUCAAUGAUCACAAAAGCGUUCAUCGAGACGCAAACAAGGAUGAAGAUCUAGUUGAUGUUCUUCUCAAGAUUCAACAGGAAAGUGAUCACAAACAACAUCGCUUGACUGAUGAGAGCAUUAAAUCCGUCAUCCUGGAUAUGUUUGCUGCUGGUAGCGAAUCAUCGUCAGGGAUAGUUUUAUGGGGGAUGUCUGAGAUGGUAAAGAAUCCAAAGGUAAUGGAAGAAGCUCAAGCUGAAGUAAGAAGAGUGUUUGAUAAAAAAGGGUAUGUAGAUGAAACAGAUUUGCACCUGUUGGUAUACUUAAAGUGUGUCAUCAAAGAAACAAUGAGGCUGCAUCCUACAUUACCAUUGUUGAUUCCAAGAGAAAAUAGGGAGAAAUGUAAAAUCAAUGAGUAUGAUAUUCCAGCUAAGGCAAGGGUUGUUGUUAAUGUUUGGGCAAUUGGAAGAGAUCCAAAGUAUUGGGUUGAAGCCGAGAGUUUCAAACCGAAGAGAUUUCUUAAUAGCUCAAUUGAUUUCAAAGGCACAAACUUUGAAUACUUACCAUUUGGUGCUGGAAGGAGAAUGUGUCCAGGUAUUGCUUUUGGCAUACGGAACGUCGAGUUGCCUCUUGCUCAGUUACUUUACCAUUUUGAUUGGAAGCUUCCCAAUGGAAUGAAGAAUGAACAACUUGAUAUGACUGAGUCAUUUGGAGGAAUUACAGCAGGAAGAAAAAAUGACUUAUGCUUGAUACCUAUUACUCAUCGUCUUUGA